AUGGCGAUGAUCCUCUCGAUCCCCGCCACCUUUGCGACCAUCUUUGGCUUCAUCUUGGCGUACGCCAACAUCCUCUCGGCGCUCGCCAACUCGAAGCUGCUGCCCGGUUGGAUCGGCGCCGUGCACCCGAGGUUCCACACCCAAGCCAACGCGUUGAUCGUUGGCUCGGUCCUCGGUUACCUCCUCUGCUUUUGCGUCACGUAUAGCCCGACGCUGGGCACCGAGCUCUUCAACAUUUGCAUGUUUUUCGGCUUCUCGGCCUACCUUGCGCAGUGUGUCGGGUACCUCUACCUCAAGCGCGAGUUCAGCCACUUGCCAAGGAGCUUUACCAGUCCGGUCGGCAAGCUUGGCGUCUACUACGCAGCGGUCGUGUGGAGUAUGAACUGGAUCUCGAUCGUGUGUUGCCAAAAGAACGCCACGUUCCUCCUCUCGGUCGUGAGCUGCAUCCUCACUCUGCUCGUGAUUUAUUACCUCGGGUACGCCAAGCACCGUCAGACCUUCUCGGACGACGAGCGCAAGAUUCUAUUCUUUGCCCACGUCGCGAAAAGCAACCAGCGCAAGCGUAAGAAGAAAGCGCGCCAAAAGACUCUCCCGCGCUGGGCCCUCGCUUUUUUCGCGUGCUAGAGUGGUUUCGGCACAUUUGGAGCCUACGAACGGGCUCUCGAAGCCUCUCAACGACGGGAAAUUCA